CCUCAACACCUUCAGAAUCCAGAGAGAAUUGUGGCCUUCAACAUGGGAAGUUUCCCUACUAGGGAAUUAUAUCUUCCUGCGAUUUCCUAAUGUCCUUAAAGGAUCAAGAUUGGGUCUGGGCACACAGUGUGUGCUAAAAAAAAGAAUAUUUUAUUGACUUGAAUCUUCAUAGAGCAUUCAUCAUUUAGAGGUGCUAAUUUUAGACCUUGUUGCAAGUUGAUCCAGUACUCAGUGAAUAGCCAUGGGCCCAAAGAAAUAUACCAAAUUUCUCGAUAACGGAACUUCAAAUGUGGGAAAUGUCUCUAUUAAAUUUGAGAAAAGAAUAGGUCCAGAUGGUGAUGAGCUAUAUGAUACGACUGGGCCCUCAAAAUUUGUCCUUAAGAACCUCAGACACUACUCAAUCCAUCCAAAUGUGGCCAAAUACUAUGAGCCUUUGAAGGCCAGUAAACUGCAAAGAUUCCUGACCCAAAGGAAGAGAAUCAAUAGUUUCAUGAUAAAAGUGGCAGAAUAUGAUCAGGAUAUGACCUUACUGCUCAUGACCAACAACCCACCUCCCUGCUCUGUCAGCCAGCAGGAAAACGAUGGCGCUCCAAAAUACUUUCCCCCGGAUUUUCAGUUCAAGGAAACUCAACAUCAGCGCAAACCCACCAGGAACUUCUACCUUCCCACAAUGCCUCAGAAAAAGAAGUUAAGACCAGAUCUGAAGCCAGUCUUCCCUAUGAAACGGAUAGGUGACCCUACCUCCAAGGGACACCAGUGGUUUAGGUUUUCCACUGAUAAUGAUUUCAAGACUGAAGGGAAGUAUUCUGAAGUGUAUGCUUUGAGGAAACAGAAAAAAAUGUACCCUAAGCUCAUCUUUGCCCCAGCUGGCCCGAGAGAGGCAAAGGAAGACGUUUCCAAGAAGUCAGAGAGUGAGACACCAACUUCGCACAUGCUUUGGGAACCACUGACAUUUUCAAAGCUCCUGGAGGAGAUGCCUACCAGAUGUGUGCCAGGGGAUAGCGUCUUUCGCCAUGGAAGAGCCCAGCAGUGGGUUAUCAAAAAUGCCGCUGUCUUUUAAGUGAAGACAAAUCCUUCAAGUCCCCUUCCUGGCUCUCCAAGAACUGAGGAGGCCUGGAGAAGUCACCAACCAAAUAAAGUUCCACACUUGCUGCCUCA